CGCGCACAAAGAACGCGACUUCCGACGCGGUUAAUUUGCGACGACUUAGCGAAUCCGCUCUUCAGUAUGCGAAGCGUCUAAUUUUGCCGGUGACGCGCCUCGCUCCGGUGCAAUCGGUGUGAAAUCGGGCAUUUGUACACACGAUGCGCGCGACGAGCGCCCCGCGUGCGCGAAAUGUUUGAUCGCCGAUGUGUAACGCGGAAAGAAAAAAAAAAACUCGGUCCCUGCGGCAAAAUGGGAAAGUGAAAAUCCGGUGGCGAGAAACGAAAACUCGGCGGCGAAAAGUGCGAUAUCUCUGUUACCGCGACGGGGAACACUUCGUGCGAGCACUCGGCUGCGUUAGAACUCGGCUGGGACGACUGAAAACGACUGGGAACCUCCUACGGGAAGCUUUCUGUUCCCGCAGCCGAAUUUUCGCCCGGUCCCUGGGCAACGGAAAAUUCGAUUACACCGACGGAAUGGUGUUUUCCGCGCGCUCGCUUUUCCGAUCGAGCGGUUCGUGUCGAUACGGACGACCGUACUACGGCGGCUGGGGAUACGGUAGAUAUCCUGGAUACUACGGCGGAUGGGGCGGCAGAUACUAUGGCGGCAGAGGAUACUGGGGCGGCAGAGGAUGGGGAGGCUACGGCGGCUACUGGGGUUGAUGCGAUUUAGCGCGUUCUAACCGAAGAGUGAUCUCCCACCACCGUCCUUGGCCUUUCUCUUACUAAUGUCCGAAUGUUCUCUAAAAACACGCGAAACCUUCGUCGAGAGCUUCGCUAGUUUUCUAAGUUUUACUGGAGUCUCCAUUGCAUAAGAAUAAAUAAAGAAAAUGUAAAACAAAGAUACAACGAAUUC